AGCACGGGGAAACAUGUGAGCGGUCUGAGGACUUUAGUGAGAGACAACUUUUAUGUCUUAUAUGUGUUUUUUUGACCCCCGUGCAUUGCACAAACCGCCGUGCUGUGCUUAAAAGGAAUUACAUCUAAAGGGACGUCACGGCUCUUUUGCAGUUCACGGUGUUUUUGUUUUUUUUAUGUGUGUGUUGAGGGGGGGUGUUUCUGACUUUUUGUUGUUCAUCAGGAUAAAUUGUGUUAUUGUUUUUUGCUUUUAUUUUAUUUUUUCAUUUUUUUCCCCAUUUUUUUUUAAAUUUCUGAGCUGUGCUUUAUAAGCAGAAGCAACUAUAAUUUAUUUUUUAAACACCUCUUUCUUUAUAGCAGUGAAUCAAAUUUUAAGGACACCUGCUCUGACAAACUGCAUAUUUGUCAUUUGUGUGUGUGUAGUAGUAGUAGUAGUAGUAAUUGGCUUCUGCUGCUUGGAGAGCCUAAAUAAAACUAUAUAUAUAUAAAUAUAUAUAUAUAUAUAUUACAUUGCAGGUUAACCCCCAUUCUUUUCAGAAAAAAAGGAGGGGUGUAUUAUCUAGUGGUUUUUUUUAUUUUGUGGGGUUGUAUUUUCAUAUUUUUGUUUAUUUUUUUUUAUAUGAUUUUUUGAAAAAACACUAUGAAGCAUUUGCAAUUUGUGCUCGUCCUGGCCAUCGCGGUCAACGUGUGGGAAUGUGGGGACGCAAAAUUCGGCGAGAGGGGAGAAAUUAGCCCCAGGAGGAGAAGAUGUUACGACGGAAGCUUGCCCAAGCGGCUGAAGAAAAGGGAGCGAAAAGUGUUGCUUGACGGCAGCAGCAGCAGCAGCGGAGAAGUUUGCCACAGGUUGUAUCCCCGUGUGUCCUGCUGCCCCACCAGGAGAGCCGCCUAUCAGAUCCUGCACCGCAGGGAUGCCAGGAUUUUCUCCACCAACAACACUGAAUGUGGACGUCUCCUGGAGGAGAUCAAGUGUGCUCGCUGCUCCCCCAAUGCCCAGGUGUUGUUCCACUCCUUGGACAUGGAUAAGAUGCCACACAGGGAGCCAGACCUGCCACGGCUCUGCCAGGACUUCUGCCGCGAGUUCUACUACACCUGCAGGGGGCACAUACCAGAACUGUUCCAAGCUGAUGUGGAUGAGUUCUGCCAAUACUAUGGGAGGAGAGAUGCCAGUCUGUGCUUUCCAGAUUUUCAGCGAAAGCAACCACAAGGGCAAGAUUCCAACUACUUGGGAGAUGAGAAAAUAGAGGAUAUGAGGAGGAAACUCAAACACAACUGCUACUGUGCCCAGGAGGUGUUGAGUGGUCUAAGGCAGCCGGUGGCCGUGUUGCACUGUGGGGAUGGAUCCCAGCGGCUUUUUGUCCUGGAGAGGGAGGGAAUUGUCAGGAUCCUCAACCAUGACCUUGAGCUAAUCAAGGAGCCAUUCCUGGACAUCCACAAGCUAGUGCAGAGCGGUCUGAAGGGUGGAGAUGAAAGGGGCCUGCUAAGCCUGGCAUUCCACCCCAAUUACAAGAAGAAUGGCAAGCUCUACGUCUCCUACACCACCAACCAAGAGCGCUGGGCCAUCGGUCCACACGACCACAUUCUCCGUGUGGUUGAGUACACCGUUUCGAGGAAAAACCCGAACCAGGUGGACACUCGGACUGUGCGGAUGCUGAUGGAAGUGGCAGAGCUGCACAGGAAGCACCUAGGUGGUCAACUCUUGUUCAGCCCUGAUGGUCUGUUGCACAUCAUCCUGGGAGAUGGCAUGAUCACCCUGGAUGAUAUGGAAGAGAUGGAUGGACUCAGUGAUUUCACAGGGUCUGUCCUGAGGGUAGAUGUGGACACAGACUGUUGCACAUCACCUUAUUCCAUACCACGGAACAACCCUUACUUCAACAGCACCAACCAGCCACCUGAAAUCUUUGCCCAUGGAUUACAUGACCCAGGCAGGUGUGCAGUGGAUCGUCUUCAGAUGGACAAUGGGAGUUUUCUGAUCCUGUGUACAGAUGCCAGUGGCAAAAACACAUCAGCAGGAAGAAUACUGGAGAUUACUAAGGGGAAAGAUUAUGAAAAUGAGCCUUCCGUUUAUGACCUGCAGUCCAGUGGAGGAGCACCACCUGUGGGGGGUUUCAUCUACAGGGGCUGCCAGUCUAGAAGACUUUAUGGAAGUUAUGUGUUUGGAGAUAAAAAUGGUAACCUGCGGAUCCUCCAGAAGUCUACACUGUCAACAUCAGCAAAUGGUGAACAGUGGCAGGAGAAAGCUCUGUGCCUUGGCUCAGCUGGCUCCUGUGGCUCUACGCUUGUGGGACACAUCUUGGGCUUUGGAGAAGAUGAACUAGGUGAAGUCUACAUACUGGCAAGCAGUAAAAGCAUGGUGCAGUCACACAGUGGGAAACUCUACAAGCUGGUAGACCCCAAAAGGCCUCAUGCCCCGAAGGAGUGCCAGCGUCAGGUGGAGCCUCCAGAGCUGCUGAUGACAGCUUGUUCCAGGCACUGUAAGAACGGACACUGCACUCCUACUGGCAAGUGCUGCUGCAGCCCUGGCUGGGAGGGACCCUUCUGCCGAGUUGCCAAAUGUGAACCGGCCUGCCGCAACGGAGGAGUGUGUAUGGAGCCCAACAAGUGCCUGUGUAAGAGCGGCUACUCUGGGGCCCAGUGUGAGAAGAGUGAGCACGGUAUGCCCAACGACCAGGAGAAAGACGGCAUACUGGACCACAUCAUUGACAUGACCUCGUAUCUCCUAGACCUGACCAGCUAUAUCGUAUAGGGGUGCGCGGAGGGGGGCUGCUCCCCGCUGUCAUCCUCAAGUUGACACAAAUCUACCUACCACCACCAGCAGACUCUAACGAGGUGUCCUUAAUAUGGCCUCUUAAUCUCCCUCACACCAACGCAGGCAUGUGUAUACACACACACACACACACACACACACACACACACACACACACACACACACACACACACACACAUACACAGACAGACACACACACAAAGACACACACACAGGAUCCCCGUCAGACUGCUUUUCAUCCUCAUCACCAAACUCUUCCUCUUUCGCCUAUAAGCUACUUGCUCUUGAGCACCAGGCCUGGCAUCCAAGCCGUGUUCACUGACCUGCAGACAGCAGCAUGGCCAAGUUAUGGAAGUUCCACUAAGACAUUUCGUCUGUCGUUCAGAAAACGCUUGCACACGGCCGACACCACGGGAACAGGAACUCCACAGGAACAGAACAUUUUAACUCAAGACUAUGGAUCUUUUUCAGGGGCUAUCUGUUGCCUUACUUAAGACCCCUCAAAAAAAAAAGGAGUUAUAGGCAUUGCAGUGGAGACAGUUGAUUGUUCAGAGGUUCUUUAAGGAUUCAAAAUUCUGAAGAGUGGCAUGGCUCAAGGUUCAGUUUGUGCUCAUGGUCCGUUCAAAAACUCAGCAAAAUAAAUGUCUACAUAUACAGACUUUGCAGGAACACUCUGCACCUCUGCCUCAGUUAUUAAAAGCUGAGAAGUCAGUGAGAGUCGAGGGUCACAUAGAGCCUGCAGUGCUUUGUGCUAUACUAUUCUAAAGGCACUAAUAAAAGAGAGAUGAACCAUGUUGUCUCACUUGAUGAUGUUGUAUUUAGUUUGUGGGCACAUUGUCAUAAAAAGCUAACAGUAUACAGUAUGUAUACCUUAUUUUGCAACACUCACUCGCUAUCAAUGUACAGAAUGGAUCCACAACAGAGGACUGUUACCUACACAGAAAUAGUGAGAACAUUUUGUCAAAGCCAGUUUCAUACAAUCUGAACGGAGUUAUUGGCUCCCAUGCACUGUAUUCAUUUUUUUUGUUUCAUUCACUUUAUUAUUCAAAAUGAAUUUGUCAUUAAAAGCGCAAUGAGACACAUUCACACACAUACACACCACAUUAUCAGAGGUAUGGUUUGACAAACUCCUUUCAUUGCGUCACACACUGAAACUGAACUCAAAACUACAAAGGGAAGAGAUGGCGCGGUGAUGUAUAUUUCCAAUAGAGCUUACCUAAGUACUACUUAGCAUUGCAAAAAAACUAUAGCAUUACUAUUGUUAUCAUAGAGGAGGGUUUAUUUUUUUAAGCGUAAUAAUAUAUGGGAGAGAAUGGUGUUUAUAGAAAGCAGUUUUACACUAAGCUUGUCAGCUCAUGUCAUUUUCAUGUUGUACUUAUACAUAUGCAGCUUUUUUUUCCUCUGUUAAGAAAGACGUGUGAGGUGUGUAAAAGUAACGCAUGUCUGUGCCUGCGUAGAGUAAUUCGCAGCAGUUGGCAGUCCGUCUAAUUCUCCUCCCUGACGUGUGGUUUCAUUAGCGCUGUCAGAAAUGUGUCUUUGUUGUGAGAUGAUCAAAGAUCCUGUUGGGCCACCAAGUCACUGUGGAAGCAGUUCACAGUCAGAGGAAGAUCUUAAGAUUAACACAAGGAUCUGUCUAAUGGAGAUAAGAUUGAAUGUUUGCAUUUGUCUCCUACAUGUCAGAAAACAGAUGAUUGUCUGGAGCCACAUUAAUGUGUUGUUUCUUUUCAAAAGACAGACUGAAGUUCAAACAGAUGCAGCACAUACACACACAUCCCCCAUUUUCUUUUAAACUAAUAACUUGUAUUAUUGAGAACUCCACAUUUGAUCUUUUGCCAUUUAAAUUCCAUAAAAUUAGUCUUUUGAGGGAAUCGUCAGUCAUUGUUUUUAACAGUUUUGAAGGCACAGUUGCAGUUUUGCUCUAUUCCAAACUUUUAUUUUGAAAAAAAGACAAGUUUCCAAGUAUAAUGGUUAAUUGAAGUUCAGUGUCCGUAAAGAUGUAUUUUGUUCAUCUCCCGCCUUGCUUGUGUUUGCUGAAAUAAAUCAACUCUACCUGGUCAAAAUGGAAUUCAUGCUGUAAAAUGGAAAAUUAUAAUUUUUUUUUAGCACUUAAUGUGAAAGUUGCAUUGUAGCUGCUGAGACGGCGUGGUGUGAAUAGAAUAACCAUUUUCAUUAUUUAAGUAGUUACACAAAUAAAAUAAUUAUUUAAGUUCUCUAUGUUGUUUUUACCAUUGUACUGUAUGUGACAAUUUUUUUUAUUCCUGUAUUGUAAAUAAAACUAGGGAUAACUUUGUUUCUCUACAGAAAUAUCAAUAUGUCUAUUAAAAUUUAUAGCAUGUCUGAAA